AUGGGAGAAAAGAGGAGAACUACUUCGAAAACCCUAGCUAAGAACAAUAAGAGGAAAGGUCCUUAUUUGCCUAAUUCAAUCCUGAAGAUUAUUGCCAAUGAGAAACGUCCUUUGUAUGAGUAUGAAGAAGGAGUGCCUGAGGAAGAGUCUAAGAAAAACAAUCGCUAUGACCGCGAUGAAACUGUGGAGUCAAAUGAUGAUGACGAAGCUGAAGGUGAUGAUGAUAGACACACACGGAUGUUGCAAGGUCUCACUGGAAUGCCAAGUGCUGCCUUUCAAGCGUAUCCAGAGUCUGAGGGUAAAGGCCUCAUCUCAGUUGAGGAUCUUUUGGCGCCUCUUGAAGGAAAACCUUGGUUUAACGAUCUAUGUAAGAGGAUCAACGGAUGCGGAAAGAUACUCAGUCUGUUGUUCAUGCACCUCUGCAUAAGCCAGAACGAGAAAGACUGGAAGGGAAAGCUGUGA